AAAUUCCUUUCAUACAAAUACGAAAGAAGGCACACAUGAUCUAAUUUAUUAUAAGCAUUUGAUCUGUGCUAGGACUGUCAGUGUUAGACACGAAAUGGCGCGGCUAAAAUGUUUUGAAUUACUUGUCCUGAUAUUAUGUGUCAAUUUAUGUUCCUCGGAGAUUUUUUUACCGUACGGCUUGAGUGCUGGCGAUAGGUCUCUUAAUUUAGGUGAUGAUGUCAGCUUAGAAGUAGUUCUGACAAAAACAAUUAAAAUUGGAAUUCAAGAUUUCAGAAGUCUGUAUGUCAGUGACAAUGGUGCAGUAUUUGGAUCAGCUUUUACUAACAUGAACCCAAGAAUAGACUGGAGAUUUUUGCCAGACGUUAGCAUUCUACCAUACUAUGCUGAUACAAGUGGUGUUACGUCAUGUAGUGAUUGUAGAAUUUAUGCAAGGAAAUUAUUUUCUGCACAAGAUCUUUUAACAACAAACAGAUUGAUUAAUGCCCAUGAUUCAACUUUUAAUGCGGAUGUGGACAGAGUAUUAGUUGUAACUUGGCAUCGCAAUAAAGGUUACUAUUCAACCGAGACCAAUACAUUUCAAGUUAUAAUAGCGUCCAACGGUAGGGUUACCUAUGGCAUUGCAAGUUAUGAGACCUUAAACUACUAUGGAGCUUCAUCACCACAAAGAGCAAAGAUUGGAUAUAAGACUGGUUCAGGGUAUUCAUGUGAUUUUCCAUCCAAUCGUGGGAACCCCAUGACGCUUACGUGUCUGUCAAAUGUGGGAAGACGAGGUGUGAUUGCAUUUGGUUUGACUCCUGAUGCAGUAUUAAGAUGUGGAGUGGGUCAAUCUGCAAAAUUAUUGUCCGCUGGUUGCCAUAGAUGUGAUUCUACCUCUCCUCCAAAUUGGAUCACACCAUGUAGUAAUACAUACAGACCAGUGUGCGGUAGUAAUGGAGUGACGUAUCCAAACGAAUGUAAAUUUAUUAAAUCUGCGUGUGAAAACAACAAUGGUAUGGUUAUGACAAACAGAGGAGUUUGCGCAGGCGGACCACUAGCGUCAUCACGGAUGCCUCCAGUUAAGUCAUCAUACAUGCUACCUAUUAUGUCUUCCUACAAGCAACCCGCGAUGUCUUCCUACAAGCAACCAGCGAUGUCAACUCGCAUGCGCCCACCGAUGUCGUCAUAUCAAGCAAUGUCAUCGCAUCGGAAAAUGUCUUCUCGCAACAUGAUGUCAUCGUAUAAAGUUCAUCCAACUCGUUCAUUACAUCCAAGUAUGACUCGAAAACCUAUGUCAUCCCGCCCAGCGUAUUCUUCAAAACGUAUUCAUAGUUCAGCUAUUCGUCCAAGCUCCUCAAUGCAUGUGCAACCUUCGACAAGUUAUAGACCUCCUCCGCCACAGCCACCAACUGUGCCAAUAGUUAGGUGCAACUUCGAAAGUGGUGCUUGUGGUGCAACUGGCAAUUGGUCAAUUUUCCGGCCGAUUGACCAAAGAAUGUUUCCAGGAGUUGAUAAUACUACAGGAUCUCCGUAUGGACAUUAUUUAUAUCAUUCAUCUUUGAGAAGUCGUGUUUCCGUUCUAACAACUCCUGUGUUUGAAUUUCAACCAAAUUGCCAAUAUUUGCAUGUGAGACUAGCACGCUUUAUGAAUGCGUCAGGGAUAUUAACUCUGUUUGUUCAUGCUCCAUAUUCAUCACGAAGAAUAGCAACUUAUUACAUUUCUGGUUCAACAUUCAAUCGUUGGUCUACAUCAGAUGCGUAUUUAACAAUACCUUCAUUGGAACGUUAUAUGCAGCUUACAUUUGUUGGAACGUCAGGUGUACCAGGUACGAGUGAUAUAUCAAUUGAUGAUGUAUUCAUGGAAAUGUUUGCAUGCUCAGGCCAAGUUACAACAAGACAACCAACUACGACAUUUACUGUAACCACAAGACCACCUAAUCCAAAUGAACCAAUAAUCAGAUGCAAUUUUGAAAGCGGUACCUGCGGUGCAACUGGAAAUUGGUCACUUGUGCUCCCAAUUGAUCGAUCAAUGCGUCCAAUAGUUGAUAAUACUACAGGAACACCAUAUGGACAUUAUUUACAUCAUUCAUCUUUGAGCAGUGCUGUUUCUGUUCAAACAACCCCUGUGGUUGUAUUCCAACCAUACUGCCGAUAUUUGCAUGUAAGACUAGCACGCUUCAUGAAUGCGACAGGGACUCUACUUUUGUUUGUUCAUCGUGCAUAUUCACCACAAGAAAUAGGAAGCUCUUACUUCACUGGUUCGACAUUUAAUCGUUGGUCUACAUCAUCUGCUUUUAUUACAAUACCUUCAUGGGAACGUUACAUACAGCUUUCAUUUGUUGGUAUAACUGGACAACGAGGUACAAGUGAUAUAUCAAUUGAUGAUGUGUUUAUGGAAAUGACAGGAUGUUCAGGUCAAGUAACCACUACAACUCCAAGACCCACUACAACUCCAAGACCAAUUAACCCAAAUGUGCCAAUAACUAUGUGCAACUUUGAAAACGGUACCUGCGGCUCCACAGGCAAUUGGUCACUUGUGCGUCCAGCAGAUAUUCGUGCUCAAAGAAUGCUUCCGCCAGUUGAUAAUACUACAGGACUUCCCUUUGGGCAUUAUAUGCAUCAUUCAUCUUUGAGUGGCCUAAACUCUAUCCAAACAACACCCGUGAUUGCAUUUAAUCCAAACUGCCAAUCACUGCACGUGAGACUAGCACGCUUCAUGAAUGCGUCAGGAUACUUGAUUAUAUUUGUACAUGCCCCUUAUACAUCACGAGAAAUAAGAAGUACAUACAUUGUUGGGUCAACAUAUAAUCGUUGGUCUACAUCAGAUGUGUUUAUACCAAUACCUCCGCAGGAACGCUACAUACAGGUUUCAUUUGUUGGUGUCAGUGGUCAACCAGGUGCAAGUGAUAUAUCAAUUGAUGAUUUGCUAAUGGAAAUGACCGCAUGUUCAGAACCAACAUCAACAACACCAGGCCCAACAACGCCGACUCCACCUAAACCCAAAUCGUUUUAUCCGUUCGGAAGGGAACAUAAUGAUACCGUUGGUAGAGUUGGAGAUGACAUUAUAUACUCUGUAUACUUGAAGAACUCAAUGCCGCUUUUUACAAAGUUAGGGAAUCAAAUUUUGAUUUCUACAAAUGGACAUAUCCACAUAAAUAAAACAUACACCGGCUACAGAAAACCAAUUCCAACGAACGACACUUUCUUAUCAAUAUACCAAACUGAUUUAGACCUUCGUAACAAUGGUGGCAGCAUUUAUUAUCGAGAAACAGAAAAUGAUAAAGUGUUGGAACGAGCAACGGAAGAUGUCAGAAAGCUGAUGCUGCGACAAGGAGGGUCUUAUACAUUCAGAGCUAAAAGUGCGGUGAUUGUCACUUACUUCGAGGUGCAUGCAUAUAGAGCUCCUAAUAGCAAACGUAACACAUUUCAAGCAGUUUUAGCUACCGAUGGUGUAUCAACAUAUGCCAUUCUUCAUUACGCACGUCUCGAUAGCACAAACGCAAUAACUGGUUACUCAGAGGGUAGAUGUAACUAUAAAAUCUUUGCACCACAACUUCAAAGUCAACAACUUGCCCGCACUUCAAAUAUUGGUGAAAAUGGGCGCCAUGUCUAUUUACUAUCCAAUCACUCGUGCCACGCCCGUGCAAUCAAUACAGGCGUUAAGUUUUAUUCGCAACUUGUUUGGCUUGAUACACCAUUUGGAGUUUCUAGCUUUUACGUACCGCUAUUGAAGACUGGAGAAAUAGCUAAACUGGCUGCUGCUGGUCUUGAACUGUCAAGCAGUAUGGGGAAAGCAUUCUCUUUUUUAAACAUAAUUGGUCCAUUAAGAACUAGCACAUAUGUUUCAAUUUCUUACGGGACAAGGGUGGCUCAUCAUAUCGCUGCUUUUUUGCAAGGUUUUAUGGUUAUCGAUGGAACACCAAAGAACUCCAAUUUCCAAUACGGUAAUGUUACAGUUCCCAUACAUUCUUCUGCAACAUCCUGCAGAGCUGUAAUAUUCCCAAGGCCAAUGAUGUCAAAACCAUCAAUAAAACUAACCGGAGACCUUUUGGGCCAAGGACAUAACUUCCUUCGUCAUGCUGACAUAUGGCUUAGAGAUGUUUCAAUGGAAGGCUUUCAACUUUGUGCUAAAGAAGCAAUUUCGUUCAGUCCAGUUCAUAAUUUAUCGAUACACUAUGUAGCUGUUGCCGGUGCUGGUGGCAAUUUUACUGAAUAUGGAUCAGUAAUGUUUGUAAAGGGACAAGAUAAGCACUGUAAAAGUAUUUCAUUAAAAUAUAUUUAUAUGAAACCUCCUUAUGUCUUUAUAACUCCUGAGGAAGCGGAUUUGGACAACGGAGCGCUAACAUCAUUUGUAAACAGAAUCAAUCUAAAUUCCGUCGAAAUUUGUGCUGCAACCACUAAAGAUACAAUGAUGUCGAGGAACAAAAACAUCAAUGUUAAUUACAUUAUCAAAGGAGAUAUCAGUCCAUGCUCAUCCCAUAUGUGUCCUGAUCAUUUACAAUGCCACUUGGAUCGAAAUAGACAGCCGUUUUGCGGUUGCAUCAAGACGUGUAACUCAACUAAGGAUAGCGUCAUAUGUGGAUCAGAUUUUGUUACAUAUGAAAGUGACUGCGACAUUCACAGACGUCAUUGUAUGAAGCAUGGUAAUCGAACUCGUAGUAUGGUGACAGCUGCUCACCGUGGCAAAUGUGAGAGACAUCCAUAUCAGUCUGGUAUUGCCCAACUUGACACAGUUCCUGGUAUUCCUGCUGCAUUCUGCAAAUACAUUACAGUGGAUUCAUUGAGCUUUCAUCCGAGUCUUAACGUUAGUGUACAACUAUCAGUGUCCUGGGGUCAAAAGAAUGCUACUGACAUAUCUCAUGAUGCAGCUGCUUCAUGGAGUGAAGAUGUGACACGGAAUGGUUUUAAGGCUUGUGUCCUCGUGGCAGGAAGACAUUACUUUAGUGCUAUUAAACAAAAACCUUAUGUACAUUGGUAUGCAUACCAGUUAGGUGUAGUACAUACAUCACAGGGAGUGGAUGCAGGAGUUAUUGACAUUUCUACUUGGUACACUGGUAGCAUAUGUUACACGUUGCCGAAUUGGAUUAGAAGACAUGGCUGGAAAACAGUGGUAUCUGUGGAACACACAAAACCAAGAUCCUUUCAAAAUGCUAUGACUGCGUGGGUUGAAACCUUCAUAGAUACCGAUUACCAAGUCUGCUUACGAGAACUACAAAACUUUGAUGGUAAACAUGAAGGAAUAAGACUGCACUGGUUUUCAAUGAAAGGAGCGGAAACGCCAUACGUCAGCGAAGUGCAUGAACUUGUCUUCCGCGCAUCAUACAUUCCAUAUGGACAACGCGUACCAGCAAUGUGCCAGAAAGUACGUUACAACAACGGUAUGCCUUCUCUUGAUAAUCCGACCGUCCUGAUUACUGCAGUUGUGAAUACCGGCAGAGUACUAUAUCCAUUGCCAAUUCCAUAUGAAAAUGGGACAACAAAAUCAGUGUUGAGCAGUUUUUCAAUGAAUGACAUUACUGUCUGGUUAGAGCACACAUCACGAAAACAAAUGGUGUUGUGUUACAAAUCUGUUAGAUCAAGCAACUACAGAGAGGCAGUGAAAAUCUCGUAUAUGGUGCUUCCAGAUUUGUGUGGUAAGGGCUGGACAUACAUCAGUGGCCAUUGCGCACGAAAAUUGCAAAGCAACUGCUAUAACCAAACAAUGGCAAUGAUGAAAUGUGCUAUGUACAACGCAACAUUGCCUAUGAUACCAAAUGAUGGGUUUGAUUAUUUUGUGCGACAAAAUACUAAAGAAAACAAGACUUGGAUUGGUUUAAAGAACACAGCAAAUGGUUCCUAUUGGUUAAACAUGAAAAACAGUAGUAAGCUGAUGCAGUACCGUAACUGGGCAGCAGGUCAACCUACUAGAGGUGUAAAUGAACAAUGUACAGUUAGUGGUGGCGUGAAAACUCCUGGAUGGGAUGAUGUGUCUUGUUCGAAAUGUUCAGAUGCGCUUUGCAUGAGACCUGCAAGGUUGGUUGAAAGGUCUUGCGAAGGAUACUGCUUUAAUGGUGGAUCUUGUUAUCAGACGCAUAUGAAUAACACUGGCCCAAUGCCUCCCUAUGGUAGAAAUAGCUCAAACGGAACGACACCCACCCCUUAUCCUGGCAUAUAUGGAACACGAAAUAACACUGGUGGCAUGGACAUGCUGCAAUGUCGGUGUCCUCAAGGAUAUGCUGGUGUUCGCUGUGAAAUAGAUACGUCAAACAUCACUGAAUGUAGCAAUUUCACGACACAUGAGCAACCAUGGCGUUCACCAAUGACAACGAUAAUGCAGCCUAACUUCACAAGCUGCGAUCCUGCUAUGCUCCGACACGGUUGGCAUCGAUUUAUUGGAAUGGGAGGAAGCAAGUUGGCAGAUUUUUGUCCUGGCUCGCAUACGCGUUGCGGAACAAGAAGUCCUGGUUGGAUCAAUGGUACUCAUCCAACUUUUUAUGACGGCGUUGUUAAACGCAACCUUCAGUUUUACAGCCAUUACUGUGCAGAUGAUCAUGGAGAAGUGUACGUGCGAAAUUGUGGAGGAUACUACACAUACAAAUUUGGUAAAAUGCCUUACUGGUCCUGCAAUUUUGGAAUGUGCACGUCAGAUUAAUUUUGAUUUGAUAUAAUGUUAUUUAAAAGACUACACAGAAUAGUUAAUCUUGCACUUAACAAAUGAUGCUCUGUUAUAGUCAUUACAAACGUUAAAAUACCUAACUAACUUUUAUUUUCUCUCUUAAGAUAUUUAACUUUGAUUAAUUCGUAUUUUUUUGUAAUAAUAAUUUUAUUAUUUACUUACUUUUAUUAUUAAAACGACUUGAGUAA